AUGGAGAGGAGACGCGAAAUGGAUACGUCUUCUCCAAGUGAUGCGAAUCCACGAGCAGAGCAGCAGACCCAAAUUGGACAGAAUUCCAGCCCAGAGAAGCUGGACAACCAGGCCUCUACGCCCAACCACCAUGGACAGGAACCACAUCCCGAGGCGGCCACCUGGCGGUCCAGGCUAAGGCGGAUGCUACCGGUCCCGCAACCUGCAUCACUCCCACAACCAAUAUUCGAGGCCCCACCUGUACAAUCACCACGGCAAUUGCCAUUUAAGCAAUUCUUUUCGGAGGCACGAUGGAAUCAACGACUACCAACGCUAUUCAAUUCAGAGUCUACUAUUUUUCCACAGUCGAAACGCAACUCCACUGGAUCAGGUCAAAUUUCCGAGAAAUACCCUGCUCCCUCUGACAAUAACGUGGUUGUCUCCGAGGCGUAUGUUGAUGAUGAUUCUUGUUCCGACAGUAUUCAAUUUGGAGUCAAACAGGCCGAAGCCGUAGCUGCAGCCUGGUCACGAAAGCCACUAACCAUAGCUUAUGUCGGGGUCUUUUUGGUGUUUUUCGUUAAUUCACUACAGCAACAGAUGGCUAGCAGCCUUAAUCCUUAUGUUACCAGUGCUUUCGCCAAACAUUCUCUUCUCUCCACUAUCUCGGUUGUGUCAAGUCUUGUUGGAGCUAUUAUGAAGCUUCCAGUUUCUAAAAUUAUCGAUAUCUGGGGUCGUACAGAGGGAUAUAUAUUAAUGGUCACUUUUUGUGUUUUGGGUAUGAUCAUGAUGGCUACUAGCAAUUCUAUUGAGGCAUUUGCUGCUGCCCAGGUUUUCUACUGGGUUGGAAACAAUGGUAUCGCAUAUGUCCUCGACGUGUUCCUGGCAGACACGUCUAGCCUCAAAAAUCGAGGCUGGCUCCUUGCAUUCUCUAAUAGCCCGUUCAUUGCCACUACCUUCGCCGGCCCUGCAUUGGCACAAGCUUUUCUCAAGUCAUAUGGUUGGCGAUGGGCUUUUGGCACCUUUUCGGUCGUUAUUCCGCUUGCUUCGCUGCCAAUGGUAGUUAUUUUCAUUCGCAGUAGUAACAAGGCUAUUGAGAUGGGAUACUUGAAAAACCGCAGAUCGGAUCGUACAUUAUGGCAGACUGUUAUUCAUUAUACAAUCGAGUUUGACGUUUUUGGAAUGGUCCUCAUCAUUGCUGGACUUACUCUUUUGCUUCUCCCGAUAAAUCUCGCAACGUACCAGGCUGAAAAAUGGAAGUCUCCCGCUAUGAUAUUAAUGGCUGCUAUCGGUGGUUGCUGCUUGCCUGCAUUUUUUAUAUGGGAAUACCGUUUUGCCAAGGUCCACUUCGCGCCAUUCCAUCUGUUGACUGACAGAACUGUACUUGGCGGUUGUCUCCUGAGUGCGACUCUAUUCUGCAGCUUCUAUAUCAUCCGCGUAACCGGCCGCUUUAAACCAUUCGCUCUGGCCGCGGUCCCGUUUCAAGCUCUUGGAAUUGGCCUUAUGAUACUGUACCGCAAACCAGGCUCUAAUAUUGCAUCAGUGAUCAUAUGUCAGUGCAUCAUCGCUGUCUCUGCUGGCACACUACAGAUCUGCGAACAGAUAGCGGUCAUGGCAGCAGCAAGCCACAGUGAAGUCGCCAUUGUCCUUGCACUGCUUGGCCUAUUUAGCAAUAUCGGUGGAGCCAUUGGCCAAACCGUUACGGGGGCUAUCUGGAGCCACACAAUCCCUGAGCAACUUGCUAUCUUACUCCCUGAUAGUGCAAAGGAUCAAGCUGCAGCGAUCUAUGCGUCCCUGACCACUCAAUUGGGCCACCCGGUGGGAACGCCCAUACGUAAUGCUAUUAUCGCUGCCUACGGUGAAGGCCAGCGCUGGAUGUUGGUUACUGGAGUCGGUGUCUUGUCACUAGCUUUGGCAUCGGUCAUUAUGUGGAGGAAUAUCGAGCUCAAAAACAUCCACCAGGUCCAGGGAACUAUUGUUUAA